CCCACUCUACAGUCUGCCUGCAAUGCUUCCACGCGCAGAGCACUCUCCCGUGGAGAUCUAUACUCUCACUGCUUACUCGCUCAUUGCUCUGUUCUCUUUCUCUGUGUGUUAUGCACUUUCAAGUUCCGAGCUUGAUCUCUUCAGGAUUGGAAUUCCUGGCUUCUUGCUCCGGCUUAAAUUCGCUGCUUUGGUGCCCGAAAUCAUUCGCUCCCAAAUUUUGUCUUCUGGAGCACCACAGUUGGUUGGAUCGUGUCGAUCGACUAGCAGAUGCUUGAGUUUGAGGGUGCCAUUACCGGGAAAAGAGGACCUUGAACGGUCUCCAGCGAGGUGAACGUAACACUGGAAGGGGUGCAGAUAAAAGGGUUCUUUAGGCAUGAGAGUGUUCUGCAGUGGAUGGCGUCGUUUCCUCAUCUGCCUCCCUCUUCUGUUCAUCGUUCCCCAUCUAUUUUCUGUGAAGCAAUUCCAGCAAGAACCAACCAAGCGAGGCCUGCCCAAGAAGUCUGGGAACAAGUUUGAUCAUCUGGUUCUUGGACCUGCUGCUGGUCAAGGCUUGUCUAACCGUUUACAGUGUGAAGGCACCAAAGCUCUCAACAAGACUCAGUUUUCAACCAACCACAGAGUCAAUGCCGUGGAACUCGUAUCUGUUGUUACUGUUUUUUCUGUCUAUAACUCCUCCCCUGAUGCAUCGAGGGUCACUGUUGGGAAUACAUCAUAUAGUAAGGUGGAGAGGGCAAUGGCCAUCUUAAAUGUCUUCGUCAACUUUAUUCAGGAGACAAUGCCUCAGAGCGAUGUUAUUAUUCUUACUGAUCCUGCUUCCGACCUUUAUGUAAAUAGGAGAGGGGUUUCUGUGUAUCCAAUUCAAGGUGAAUAUUCACGAGAGAAGUUGAUGCUUCAAAGAAUCAGGUCCUACAUUGCUUUUCUAGAGAAAAAGCUCAAGGAACAUAAUCAGAAGGAUGUGCAUCAUUACAUCUUCACUGACUCAGACAUAGCAGUUGUGGAUGAUCUGGGGCAGAUAUUUCACGACUAUCCUGACUUUCAUCUGGCCCUGACCUUUCGGAAUAACAAGCAACAACCCCUUAAUUCAGGGUGUAUUGCAGUCCGGGGUACACGUGAUGGAAUCACAAGGGCAACAGCAUUCUUACGGAAAGUGUUGGAAGCUUACACUUCCAAGUACAUGAGUGCUUCUCGAAUGCUUGGAGAUCAGUUGGCUCUUGCAUGGGUCGUGGCUUCUGAGCCUUCUUUUGAUGUAAAGAGAUAUACCAGAUCGGAACCUUUUAUGCAAGACAUUGGCAGUGGUUCUGUUCUCUUUUUGCCGUGUGCAAUCUACAACUGGACCCCACCUGAGGGGGCGGGUCAGUUCCAUGGCAUGCCCUUGGAUGUCAAGGUUGUGCACUUCAAAGGAUCAAGAAAACGCUUGAUGCUCGAAUCCUGGAACUUCUAUACCUCAACCGCUGAUAUUUCUGAUAUGUUGUGCCUCGUAUUGAGCAGUGGAAGAACAAAGUAUGAUUUCUGAUCUGCAUGGGCUUUAGUUGUUUAUGCACUGAAAUUCCAUUUUUCUUUAAGGGGAACAGCCAUUGAGGGAAAUGUUUUAGCAAAAAAGAGCUCGGUCGAUUUAGCUUCAUUUACACAGCUGAGUGAACAUUACGUGUUUGGUCAAUUAUCUCUAACCCAUUGUUUUUGUCAUGUGAAAAUACUAAAAUAAUUGUUCUUUUCUUCUUUUGUUUCUUUAAGAUAUGUCAAAUCGAUAGAGUACUCCAUGUCGUAUGGGCAUGUCUCAUGAAUCCGCACCCGAAGAGGGAUGACAUUUAGCCAGUUAUUUGGAAUUCCACCUUGAUACAUAUAAUGUGCUGUUAAGAAUCAUGAACAGUUGUAAUCUUGUUUUAAUCACUCUUCUUGCCUUGAA